UGGUGGGUGGGGCUGGAGUCCCACCUAGGCGCGCUGUGUCUUGUGGGUGGGAGCGCUGUCUGGUUUUGGCGUUUCGCGCAAUGCUGCGGCGGGGAGACCGGGAGCUGACACAGAGACACUUGAAUUAGCUUCAGCAGAAGAGAAAUGGAGGAGCCAUAGAACAUUAAGGAUGAAUUCAGGAAGACCCGAGACCAUGGAGAACUUGCCGGCUCUCUACACUAUUUUCCAAGGAGAGGUUGCUAUGGUGACAGACUAUGGAGCCUUCAUCAAAAUCCCAGGCUGUCGGAAGCAAGGUCUGGUCCAUCGAACUCACAUGUCAUCCUGUCGUGUGGAUAAGCCCUCUGAGAUAGUAGAUGUUGGAGACAAAGUGUGGGUGAAGCUUAUUGGUCGAGAGAUGAAAAAUGAUAGGAUAAAAGUGUCCCUCUCCAUGAAAGUCGUCAACCAAGGGACUGGGAAAGACCUCGACCCUAACAACGUUAUCAUUGAGCAAGAAGAGAGGCGGCGGCGGUCCUUCCAGGAUUACACUGGGCAGAAGAUCACCCUCGAGGCUGUCCUGAACACCACCUGCAAGAAGUGUGGCUGUAAAGGCCACUUCGCAAAAGAUUGUUUUAUGCAACCAGGAGGGACCAAAUAUUCUCUGAUACCUGAUGAGGAAGAGGAGAAGGAAGAGGCAAAGUCAGCAGACUUUGAGAAGCCUGACCCCACGAGGAAUUCUUCUAGAAAAAGAAAGAAGGAAAAGAAGAAGAAAAAACAUAGAGACAGGAAGUCGUCUGACUCGGACAGCUCAGACUCUGAGAGUGACACAGGCAAGAGGGCAAGGCACACAUCAAAAGAUAGCAAGGCAGCAAAGAAGAAGAAGAAGAAGAAGAAGCACAAGAAAAAGCACAAAGAGAGGUCCUGUUACCCUCUCCAGCUGCCACUGCCAGAGCCAGAUUCCUGCACAGGAGUCCAGGCUGCAGCCACAGGUACUGCUGUGGAGGCAAGUCUGGCUGUAGUUGGAACAGGGAUGGGCCCCUCCCUGUUGGGUCUGCCCUGGGCUGACUGGUGAGUGAUCCCUGCGGCAUCUAACACGGGCCAAGGGAGACCAGCAGGAUGAGGGAGAACAUGGUAAGAAGUGGUGCUCACUUUUUCCAUUCCCCCUAACGUGAUUCUCCCAUGCUACAAGUGACAGCCAGAAAACCGUUGUUUGCAGUGACUGAGCUUGUGUGUGACAUUCUGCCAGACCACUGAACCAGACAGCUAAAGCCAAGUUCAUUGCUUUACUUUGUAUUUACUACUGUGUGAGUCACUUGGUUCCACUUCAGGUCUCUGCUUAAAUUCCUGGCACUAAAUGGAAGUGUUUUUGGUUUUAAA